AUGCUAGCCAUCGUGUUCGGUUUGGAGAAGUUUCACCACUACACAUAUGGUGCGCACACCAUUGAUGUCAUCACUGACCAUAAGCCGUUAGUAUCCAUCUCACAGAAGUCGCUAAGCAAAGCGCCGAAGCGGCUGCAGUCACUGCUAUUGCGCGUCCAGCCGUACGACAUAAAACUCUCCUACCAACCAGGCAGCGAACUGAACAUUGCUGACACACUGUCCAGAGCUCCACUUCCCGAUGAUAGUAACGACGAGCAGGUGUCUGGCAACAAUCUUGAGCUUUGCCCUGUGAGUGAGCGUCGGCUCAAUGAGAUUCGCCUCGCUACACAGCAAGACCCGAGUUUCACCAAGCUAAUGCACCAGGUCAUGUUGGGGUGGCCAGACGCUCCCCAUCUAGUAAGCCCAGAAAUACGGCCUUACUUCAGCUACCGAGAUGAAAUCACAGCACACGACGGCCUUCUGCUCCGCGGCGAGCGCAUCGUCAAUCCACUAUCCAUGCGCAAUGCUGUGAAAACCAAAGCACACGCCGGACACAUGGGAGUCAACUCCUGCAUACGGAGAGCCCGUGACCUCGUUUAUUGGCCUGGAAUGUCGAGUGAGAUUCGUCAGUUCGUCGAAAACUACGACACCUGUGCUCGUGAUACCAGCAAGCAGCAGCCCGAGACACUCUUCCUACACCCAGUGCCAGAUCGCCCGUGGCAGAAAGUAGGAAUAGACAUCUUCACCAUCAAGUCAAGAAACUACUUAGUUACAGUUGACUACCUGAGCAACUUCUACGAGGUUGACUUCCUUCCUGACACCCUGGCCAGCACUUGCAUCAGCAAGAUCAAGUAUCACUUCGCCAGGCAUGGGAUCCCUGAUGUAGUCAUCUCCGACAAUGGUCCCCAGUUCUCAUGCCGGGAAUUUAGCGCCUUCGCCGCAAAGUGGGAAUUCUCGCACGAGCGCAGCAGCCCAGGCAACAGCAAAUCGAAUGGUGCUGCUGAGGCCGCCGUCAAGGAUGCGAAGAAGUUCAUGAAGAAGUGCAACGAGGAGAAGUCCGACCCAUACCUCGGGUUACUGAAUGUCCGCAACACACCCACUGAAGGUCUCAGCACCAGUCCCGUGCAACGGCUAUUUGGUCGCCGAGCCAGAACUGUGUUGCCAACCCUGAAUGAUCGCCUCAAGCCCGCUGCAGCCGACAUUCAGAAGAAGGAGACCAGAAGACAGAAGGCAGCUGAGCACCUUGACCACCGAAGGAAAGACCUUCCGCCACUCAUGUCUGGCGCAAAGGUUUUCAUUCAACCGAUUGACGGCAAGUCGAGAGAAUGGCAGCCUGCAGUAAUCACCGACAAGACGUCGAACCGCAGUUAUGAAGUCUCCUGCAACGGAAGAGUCCUGCAGCGGAAUCGACAGUUUAUCCGACCCGCACCGCCGACUGCAGCUGACGGACCAGACCGGGCAUCAUCCCCACCGUCGAGCCCGAAGCUACCUGGACCGUCAACGCCUGUCCCCAAGGCCACGCCAUCCAAGAUCCCGGCGCUGGUGCAACGCACGCCAUCUAAGAUCCCGGCGUUGGUGCAACGCACACCAUCCAAGAUCCCGGUGUUGGUGCAACGGUCGCCACAGUCACAAGGCGCCCGCACUGACAUCCAGACAACGUGAUCUGGAAGAGUGGUCCGGAUCCCUAAGCGUCUCAUCAUGGACUCCUGAUUGAUCAGUAGUGUCUGUUUACGAGUCGUUUCAUUAUGUAUGUGCGUGCUGCAUUACAUAUGCUCAAGCCAGCUCAUCAUGUUGAGCUCUUCAUUUGAGUCUUAUUAUGCCGCCGUACGCAUGUAUUUGAUUUGCUCGGACACUCUUAUAUCAAAGAAAGGGAGAUGUCACGUGUACUGCGUUCACGUACACAUGUGU